AUGGAAAACUUCGAAGACGAAAUGAUUGAACACUCUAACUAUGACAACAACGAAGUAAUUGAGCAGAAAUUUACCGAAACCAUAGAACCUUUGUCACCUGUUACAGAACAGGCUGAGGGGGUUAGUUACAACAAUGAUUCAGGGACUAACCCAAAUCGACGUGCUUCUAUUGCAGUAUCACGUUUUAAUAGUAUGAUAGACCCUAAUACUUUAGGCUCGUGGAUGAGUAAUGGCAUUGGAUAUGGUAGUCAGGCGGUUAAGACUAAAAGACGCGCUACUAUGAUAGAUCAUAAUAGUGUAAAAAGUGGUUUUGUUUCAUUACGUGCCCCUGAUGGUGUAGACUUAUCAAUGUUUAAUGAAGAAGUUAGUGAUGCUGAUUUACCUCAGGAAUUCGAAAAUUUUCUGACAUAUCAACAAAAGAACUUUUUAAAUGUUGCACAAGAUUACGAUACUAUGUCUGAUAUGUCUGGUAAAAUACAAAUACGUGAUUUUGAUGUAGCUUCCGCUACAAGUACCGCUAGUGAAAAUGAUUACGCAGAACAAAAGCCAAAUAAUCGGCUUUCAUUGUCUUAUUGGCUUUAUAAUACAGAGCAAAAUCGCUCUUCGUCACCACCAUUAACAAAUAUACCCGAACAGACAAGGCCGGUUGUUCAAUCGACUUCUCAAAAUCGCUCAAGUGGAUUAUUUGGUUCUUUAUUAUAUUUAUAUCCUUCGGCUGGAAAUUCAACAAAAUUACAGGAUACACCUGAAUUCUAUAUCGAAAAAUUAACACAAAAGAAUGCUGCACCUAAGUUGUUAGCAGAUACUUUAUUAUCUUUACGAAUAACCUUGUCUUCGGCAAAGUUAUCUUGGUUAAGAGAGUUUUUAGAAAAUAAGGGAUUAUUGGUGCUGGAUUCUAUCCUUGAGAGACAUACUAUUCGGGAUAAGAAGAGUACAGCUAGAAAUUCUGACCAAGACGAUCGAAUACAGUCACAAUGUAUUCGAUGUUUAAGAACAUUGAUGAAUACUGAGGCAAGCUUACAUCAUUCUCUUAUAUCCAUUGUUUUUUGUCUUCACACUACUAAUAACAAAUUACGUUCUCAAGUGGCUGAUGUAUUGGCAGCGUUAUGUGUGCUCUCCUUGGAUGGACAUAAAUUAGUUGUUGGAUCUUUCACGGAAUUUCGUGUAAUUCAUGAGGAAAAAUUUCGGUUUCAAUAUUUAGUUGAAAGCUUGAGAAGAAAUGAGGAAGAAGAUAGUACUUCUAUUGAAUAUAAAGCUGCUGGACUAAGUUUAAUUAACGCGAUCGUGAAUUCUCCUGAUAUUAUCGAGGAGCGCAUUCUUUUAAGAGAGGAAUUUGAAAGGAGAGGAAUUGAUGAUGUUUUUAAGGUUAUCAAAGAUUCUGACCCUCCUGAAUCUGUAUUAAAGCAAAUUGAGGUUUAUCAAGAGGAGCGCCAAGAAGAUUUAGAUGAACUUUAUGAGAAAGCCCAUGAAAUUGUAAGAGAUAAUAAGAACCCACUUUCAAUAGUUGCUGGAUUACUUCAACAAUUGGAAAGUGACAGAAAUUUACAUCGUCGUGUUAUUGAGACACUUAAAAAUUUAUUAAGGAUUUCAUGUAAAAGCACUGGAGA